AUGUUGCGAGCACUAUUCAUCUUGGCAUGCCUGACGGCAGCAUGCUUUGCGGCCCCCAGAGCCAGGGUAGCCUGGAGUAGAAGGGGCCACGGCCGCAUCGUGAACGGCGAACCUGCCGUCAUAACAGAUUACCCCUGGGUACUCGCCAUAGAGUUCCUGGUCAGGCAGGAGUGCGGCGGCUCCAUAAUCAGCACGACGUGGGCAAUGUCUGCCGGCCACUGCUUCUAUGACGACGUCAGCAAGAUGUCGCUGCGGGCCGGAUCGACAGUACGCGAGAGUGGCGGCGUCGUCUCCGGAAUAUCGACAGUCGUUUACCACGAGAACUACGACAGCACCACACUCGACAACGACAUCGUUGUCGUGCAGCCUACAACACCAUUCCCGCUGGGACCAAACAUCCAGAUCGUCAAGCUGCCUACGGACGGGUACGAGGCUCCUGCCGGCCUUCGUGUCACAGCAGUCGGGUGGGGAAUGCUGUCGACCGAGGUUUAUCACGAGCCCGAGCAGCUGCAGAAAGUGGACCUCUACGUUGACGAAAACUGGAUUUGCGGAGAGAUAUUGGCCGAUGUUCUCCCAGUCACCGACAGCAUGAUGUGCGCCGGUGACAUCAACAAGGGCGUCUGCUUCGGUGACUCGGGGGGCCCGCUACUGUAUGGAGACGUGCAGGUCGGCAUCACGUCCUGGGGGCAGGAGAGCUGCGAAUACCCGCUGUCAGCGUUCACCGACAUCGGCUUCCUGCGAUCCUGGAUCAGAAAUGCCACUGGAGUGUAAGGCGCAUUGCUGCCAAGUUUGCUCUUCUG